CUCUCUUGAAUACCACCAAAAAUGUCUUCCUCCUACAAGCUCUUCGCAGUUCUUCUGCCAGCCCUUGCUGUCGCCUGCACUGGACCCCCUAUCAACCAAAACGGUCUUAACCUGAUCAAGAGCUUUGAAUCAUACGAACCCGAAGUUUACGACGAUGGCUUUGGCAACCCGACCAUCGGAUAUGGUCACCUCUGUGGCGAUGCGACCUGCUCCGAGGUGACCUAUCCCAAGCCACUCUCCGAGCCAGAUGCUAGCAGACUGCUGGCUGAUGAUUUGGUUAUCUAUCAAGACGCCCUCACAAAUGCCCUGGCGGACCCAGUAACAUUGAAUGAUAACCAAUACGCUGCCCUUGUUUCUUGGACAUACAACAUCGGCCAAGGCAACAUGCGAAAUUCAGACCUCGUCGCCCGUCUGAACAAGGGCGAGAAAGUGGUAGUUGUCGUGCAUAACGAACUGCCGCAAUGGAGAUUGGCCAACGGACAAGUCGUCGAAGGGCUUGUUCGUCGCCGAGAAGCCGAGUUGAAGCUUUUCGAUGCGCCGGCUAUCUUUGGCGCUUUACCUGUCCCUUGUUGA